CGGCCUUUGGCCGUGAGUGGAUGGGAUAAACUGGCGUCCCCAGGAGAAGUAGUGGUUGUUGCCUCACCCGUAGAUGCUGGUAUCACUGGUUGGGACUUAGCAACAGGUGCAGAGCGUGUUCAUCUUAGAUCCUGUUCUUCAUCUCGCCAUGGAUUAGCUGCAGUUGGGCUGCACUUUGUCGCUGCAUCGCAAAUACAGAAAACCUCCACUUCUGCUAGUGGGGCUAUAUUUUGUUGGGCAUGGAAUAAGCCUCAAGCUGAAAUCAGGAGCUUUCCAGUAGAGCCUAUAGGGCCAAUCGCUUGCAAUAGUGAUGGCACAUAUAUUGUUGGUGGAGGUUCAUCAGGAAGAAUCUAUCUGUGGGAGAUAGGAAGUGGAAGACUCCUUAGAGUAUGGCCUGCCCAUUAUAAGGCUGUUACUCGUUUGAUAUUCUCUGAUGAUGAAUCUCUUCUAAUAUCUGGAGCUGAGGAUGGAUUUGUUAGGGCAUGGCCUCUUCUUAUAGCUUUGGAUGAAGAAGCAGCUUUUCAAGCUGAAACUCACUUUCAACCUUUGCACAACUUUUCUGCUCAUACUUUACCUGUAACAGAUAUUGUAUGUGGCUAUGGAGGAUGCAGUGCAAUUAUCGUGUCUUGCUCUUUAGAUUUUACUUGCAAGAUAUGGAGCUUGGCUUUGGGAAUUCUUCUUAGAACUGUCAAAUUCCCAGCAGCAGUUAAUGCUGUUGUUCUAGAUCCUGGUGAAUAUGCAUUAUAUGCUGGAUGUACAGAUGGCAAAAUAUAUAUUGCUACUCUGAAUGCUGGAACAACAACUGACAGUAUUCAUGGAGAUGGUAUUGUCGGUACACUUGUUGACCACAGCCGAGCAGUAACAGCAUUAGCAUUUAGCAUGGAUGGGGUUUUGUUAGUUUCUGGGUCUGAGGAUUGUACAGUACGUGUUUGGGAUACAGUAAGCUGCCAGGUUCUUCGGAUCUUCAAGCACACCAAAGGGCCAAUAAAUACCCUUAUUAUGGUGUCACACUCCCAACAUCAAUUGCCUUCAAAUAACCAAGGCAAUCUCCACCAUAAGCGUGGAUCUUUCUUAUCACCGUUACCUUUAAACAAAUAUAAGGAACCAAGGAAUCCUGAUUGCGACAAUGGGCCACCAGUUAUUCUUCCUUCUUAUGAUACUGGCUUUAUGGACAGGAGUUGUUACAAUACUAUUUUUGCUAUUAAUCAACAAAUUAAAGAGUUACAGGAACAAGGUUCUUCGACUGCUACUCAAAUGGAAUUGGAAAGGCUGAGAUCAGAACACCAACGUUCCUUGAAUAUAAUAAAGCAAUGGCAACAAGUUUAUCAAGACCUUCACUACUUCUGUGUGAAUGAACUUAUGGGUGGUAAUAAAGUUGGAGAGGAGGAUGAAGAUGCCAAUAAGCACAAUGAGAAGGUGAAAAAGGCAAGGACCAAGAUUGCGGGAAGGAAAUAAGUUAAUGACGUAGAUUGUGUGGGAUGUUCACCAAGCAAGGUUUUUUUCCCCUUUAAACAUCAUACAGAGCACAAUUUUGUAGUCAGUAGAGAUUAGUUUGAGCUUAUUCAUUUCUAGAAGAAUUAAAUUGAUUCCAUUUGUAUGCCUUUUGGGCUGUAAAUGUUAUUUGUGCAUGCUCAGUAGGCAAAUGUAUGAAAUUAAUGUCCUGUAAUAGACAAAUUGGAGACGAUCAUAGAAUCGCAGAGCCUUGAUUUGUAUGUGUAUUGAGAGGUAUGGUGGGGAUGGAACAGGUUACUAUAAAAUUCACAAAACAUGAAAAAUAUCAUUUUUUUGAUAUUAUACAUGCAGGAAAAGUCAAAUGAAUCUUCACAUAUAAUUUUUACA